CGUCUGACAGCGCCGGGAGAGGGGAGGAACCGUGUCCCCCUCCACCCCUGGGAGGACACCGCCAACUCCCCUCUCUCCACGGGAGCCCCGGUCCCUCUCCAUGGAAGGAGCGAGCCCGGACGCGGCGGCCCCCGGGGUCCCGCAGGAGGCAGGGGUCGGCGAGGGGCAGAGCGCCGGCCCAGAUCUCCGAGAGGAGCUGCAGAAGGCAAAGCACGACUACAGCAUGGCCACAGGUACCAUCUCUUCUUUGCAAAGACAACUGGAGUUCCAAGAAUCCCAGCUGAGGAGGAUCAAAUCUGAAAAGGAAAUGCUCCAAAAGAAGCUCAGAGAGCAGGAAAAUCAGCUACAAGCCAUGGCUACCAAGAUUUGCAAUCUGAGAGACGAAUGGAAACACGACGAAAUGAUGAUGGCCACAGAGGAAGAGAACGGCAGGCUUCGACAGGUUGUCAGAGAACAGGAAUCCAAGCUGGCAGAGCAGAACCAGCUGCUCAGUGAGUUACAGGAGACCAUCAGCCAGCUUCGGGCUGAGGCCCUCAGCAGCCGGCGCCGCAUCCGGGAGCAGCAACAGGCGCAGGAGGAGAUCCAGAGCCAAGUGCAGACACUGCAGCACCGGGAGCUGCAAACCAGAGUGACCCUUGAACGCAUCACCAGCAGAUUUGAGAGAUACCGAAGCAAAAUCAUCCAGGCUACGUUCAGUGUGGCAGGCAGCAAGCCUCCCCAGGCCGAGGUGACGGACGAGGAGGUGCUGGAGGCAAUGCAGAAAAUCAUUAACGAAUGGACAGAGCUCCACCAGCUGCUGAAACAGAAAGGCAUCAAGGUCCCAUCACUCCACAGCAUCGACACAUUGACUUCGUCGCCUGCCAGCACUAAGGGGAGGAGGAAGAGUCCCAUGAGUACACAAUAGCUGCUGUGCCAAGUUUGUAUGAUUACUCGACUGGAAAAUUCACCAAGGUCUGAAACAAGUGACAGUGACAUACGACGGCAAGAACUGUUUUAUUUUUCCAUUCAAUAUGCAAGGCCCAAGACGU